AUGCCACGACCGACGAUGCCUCCUACACCAGUCUCUUCUACUGAGAUGAAGAGUCAGGAUGGAACACAUCAGCUAUCUACACUGCAGUUGGCCUUUGAACUGCCCCCCUCGGCUAUUGGUGCCAACGGCUCUUCAGGGACUUCCGGCACGGGAACUAAGGCUUCAAAGUCGACAACGGGUGGACAAACCCCUUCGCCCAAGUCAUCUUAUCCCGUACAACCUAGUGAAGCGGUCAAGUCGAGAAGGCGUUCAUCGACAGCACAGAAGGAGUCGUUUGCUUUGCCGCCGCCCCCUACGAGAUCACGCAAGAUCAUACAGAUGAAGCCUCGUCCGCAAGAGGAGCCUGAAGAACCUUCCAGCCCAGCCAAACCGUCCGCGGGAGCAACUAAGACUACAGCAACCUCGUCGUCAAAGAAGAAACAGCCCUCUUCCACAAGCGCCGCGGGAAGGAAGAUUGCCAGGAAAACAGCCCAUAGUCUCAUCGAGCGACGCCGAAGAUCUAAGAUGAACGAGGAGUUCGCUGUGCUAAAGGGACUCAUUCCGGCUUGCGACGGGGAAAUGCAUAAGCUAGCCAUUCUCCAGGCCUCCAUAGAAUACGUACGAUACCUCGAAGACUGCGUGGCCCAAUUGAAGUCACAACACAAUUCUCAAUCAUCUGCGCCAACCCCCACCGAUUUUGUCCUCCCGCCCUCCGUAGGUCGCGAUACGUUUGAGACGCCGCAAUACCAGGUGGAGGAUGGAUCUGGGGAUGUUGAGAUGACAGGGUCGGAGGCUGCAUCCCCUACACAUACUGAAGCUACCUCUCGUUCUCAGCGACCAUCAGAAUCCCCUGCGCUGUUGGCUGAAGACGUCCGUCGGAGGCAUGACUCUUAUUCCUCCGUAUCGACGGAUCAUCAUCGUCACUAUAGCUACUCCUCGGCAGCUUCGCCGGCCUUUGGCCCACAGACUUACGGCUACGCCAGAGGCCCGCCAUCAGCGUCCAACUCGGCUCUGACAAGUCCUGCACUACCUCCGCAGCGAGACUUGGAUCAAGAAGCCACGGCCGCCCUUCUCAUGUUGAAUAAUGACCGGAGGGGGACCAGUGGUAGUGGUGCCGGAAGAGGGAUGAGCGUUCGAGACCUACUGAGCGCUUGA